AUGGGUGACCUGGAGCGUUUAUCCUUGCUGAGAGAGAACAUUCUGGCUUUAAAUCCCCGAAAACAGACGCAUGCAGCUCUUCAUUCAACUGCAGCAAAGAAACAAGUCAAGACGCAAUGGAAAAGGAAUUCUGACAAAAACUGUUCAAACUGUGAGAAACUAGAAAAUAAUUUUGAUGACAUAAAGCACACGACUCUUAGCGAGCGAGGAGCACUUCGAGAAGCAAUGAG